CGCAGCGUACGUGUGUCAGUUCAGUCGUUGAAUUACGUUAUUAUAAAAUUAUAAAUCGAGAUAAGAACGAUCAGACUGUUUCUUUUUAAUCUGUGGUACAUUGAUAGUAUAUUACGUUAUCUGUUUAGACAUUGUCGUAUUCGUCGAUUGUGUUACUUUCAUUUUAAUUUACUAAAAAUAUUCACACUAAAUUACCUUUUUUACCAUAAAUUAAAAUUAACUAUACUUUUAUUCUUUAAAAGUUAUAAUUCAUUUUCACUUGUUCAAGUAGUGUCUGUAAAUAAUUCUUAUAACAAGAGGUUAACCCGCUCUCUUGUCAAGUGUCAAGUGUGUAGAUGUUUUCAAGUUUUACUACUUUCAAGUUAUUUUAUUUAAAAUAUAAUAAAUAGAUAUCUAAAAGAAUACUCAAUGCCAAUCGUCUCUUCAUUACGCAUAUGUGGUCUGGUGGUAAUUUGAUUCGUUUUAUCAGUGAACUACUGGUUAGCAAUAUAGUGGCGAAAGUGAUUCAUUUGUUUCAAUUACGAUUUGAAUAGAUUUUGUGUUAAUAUCAGCUUCUAUUUUGUUUUUUAACAAAAGUGCAAGAAAUCUAUAUCAAGCUUCAAGAUCUUAGGAAUAUUUUCCUUUAUCGUGUCAGGUUUUGACUGCUGGAUGCUUUAAUAGACCAUGAAACAAUGGAUUUAAAUCAUGUGUACAAGAAAUAAAACACGAUAGCCAGACAUAAUAAAUAGAUUCUAUUUGUAAUGGAAGUGGAGUCAAGGUGGUGAGAUGAAGUGUUGCGGAGAGACGGGAGUGCGCGCCGCUAGAAGCGGGCGCGGCGGCGCAGCUUACUGCGCGCGAGUGGCGCGGCUACGGCGUGCGCUACUGCUGCUGGCCGCCGCCGCCUGCACAGCAGCCGCACUGCUCUACUGGCGCCAGCAGACCGACGGCAGCGCUACCCGCCCCCUGCACAACGUCUUCUCUGGUGCUGAGCCCGAAUGGACCUGGCUGUGUCGCAACGAGCGCUGCGAGCGGCUACCCGCGGCGGAGAUGUCCUCCUUGCAAUCGCUACCCACCUGCAACAUGCUGUGCGCCUCCACGCAGCUGUGGCCGCAGCCCACGGGGCCCGUCAGCCUGGCCACCGCAGCCGUGCCCGUCUCCGCGGCCGGCUUCGCGCUCGAGGUCAUCGCCGCACCCACGCAUGACGUCGCCGACCACCUCGAGGACGCCUUCAGUAUCCUACGCGAGGACCUGCGCACCCUGGAGCGUCAGAUCGGCGACACCAAGCGAGGCGACAUCGGACCCGCGCACGAAGUCAUCGUGCGGGUCUCGGUCAAUGGCAGCCAAGACGUUCGUAUGCGAAUCGACACCGAUGAGAGCUACAAGCUGUCGCUCCGGCCGGAGGGAUCGACUCUCGUGGCCCACAUUACGGCGCAAUCCUUUUGCGGCGCACGCCACGGCUUCGAAACCCUCUCUCAGGUGGUCUGGCUCGACCCCUAUGCCGGCUCUCUGCUCAUUCUAGAAGCGGCCACGGUGGACGACGCCCCGCGCUUUCGCUAUAGGGGACUUUUGCUGGACACCGCACGGAACUAUUUCCCCGUAGGCGAGAUCAUGCGCACCAUCGACGCCAUGGCCGCCUGCAAGCUUAACACAUUCCACUGGCACGUCAGCGACUCGCAAUCGUUCCCUCUGCGGUUGAAAAGCGCGCCGCAGCUGGCGCAACAUGGCGCGUACGGGCCCGGCGCCGUCUACACCACCGAGGAGGUGCAGGCGGUGGUGCGGCGCGCCAGGCUGCGUGGCAUCCGCGUCCUGCUCGAGGUGGACGCUCCGGCGCACGUCGGCCGCGCCUGGGCCUGGGGCCCGCAGGCCGGCCUCGGCAAUCUCGCGUUCUGCGUCGAGGUCGAGCCCUGGAGCGCGUACUGCGGCGAGCCGCCGUGCGGACAGCUCAACCCGCGCAAUCCUCACGUCUACGAAAUACUGGAGCGAAUAUACGCCGAGAUCAUCGAGCUGACCGGCGUCGAUGACAUUUUCCAUUUGGGCGGCGACGAGGUCUCCGAGCGCUGCUGGUCGCAAUACUUCAACGACACCGAUCCUAUGGAUCUCUGGAUGGAUUUUACUCGCCGCGCGAUGCGAGCGCUCGAGCGCGCGAACGGUGGUAAGGCGCCGGAGAUGACGCUGCUGUGGUCGUCGCGCCUGACGCGCUCGCCUUACCUGGAGCGCCUGGACGUGAAGAAAUACGGCAUCCAGGUGUGGGGUGCGUCGCGGUGGCCGGAGUCCCGCGCGGUGCUGGACGCCGGUUUCCGCUCAGUGAUAUCGCACGUGGACGCGUGGUACCUGGACUGCGGCUUCGGCUCGUGGCGCGACAGCUCCGAUGGCCACUGCGGCCCAUACCGCUCCUGGCAGCAGAUCUACGAGCACCGGCCCUGGGUGGAGGAGUCCAGCGGCGGGCCAGGUGUGGGGUUGACGGGGGAGAGCUGGCGCAUCGAGGGCGGCGAGGCGUGCCAGUGGAGCGAGCAGCUGGCGGCGGGCGGGCUGGACGCGCGCGUUUGGCCGCGCGCCGCAGCGCUGGCGGAGCGGCUGUGGUCGGACCGCGCGGAGGGCGCCGCUGCCGACGUGUACCUGCGCCUGGACACGCAGCGCGCGCGGCUGCGGGCCCGCGGCGUGCGCCCCGCGCCGCUCUGGCCGCGCUGGUGCACCCACAAUCCUCACGCCUGCCUCUAGCGACCCCACACAACACUACACACUUCUCUGUGUCACUGCCCUUAUUGAUGCUCUCGUUAUUUCAUCCUUACUAUGAAUUUAAUUAGAGGAUGAAAAACAAUCUAUGACGUUAUGUUGAAUGAAAAUAAUUCACAACAGAUAAAUACAAUUAAUGUUAUGCCAUCGUAAGUUGACAUCUAGUACAUUAUAGUACUUCAAUUAAGUUCGAUACGUUGUGACGAGAAUUAGUGCUAACAUUUACUAAUCUGCGAAAACUUUUUCGUGUUAAACAAAAUUUAGGUUUAAAUAUUCAAUAUAUGUGACAUAAGGAGGACGACACUCCAAUAAUAAAGCGAGGAAUAAGUAUCGGAUAUUAAGCUUUCAAAGUGUCGAUUUACGACAUUCUUUUCGUAAAUACUUAAACAAAAAUUGGCACUUAGUACUUGCUUGACUUAUUUGACCUAUAUAUUUGGAACAGAUAUAAUCUAUAAUUGUGUCUAGUUAUUGCUUUCGACAGCUUUAGUGAACUCCUCAGAAAUAUAUUUUGUUUACAACUUUUUAUGACGACAUUUGUAGCUUAAUUUCCUGUACUGCAAUUUUUGAUCGAUUUAUGCAACUUGUAUUCAAAUUGCACUGAAAUAUAUCGACUAGACAUUUGUCAUAUUUUUGUGCAAUCUUUUAAAAAUAUACAUUGUUUCUAUAGCAAUAGUUCAAGCGAUCAUAAAAGUCCAAUUUCUAAGUCCAUAUAAAAUUGUUCUUGACAAUCGAAACUAGUCUUUGUGCUUCUAGAAAUUACCUCAAACAUCACAAGAGCACUUUAUUUAUUUUAAGCUGUACACGCCUUAAUGUAAAAUUGAACUCUAUGUCUUGUGUGUUACAGUCUAAAAUCAAUUGCGAUAUACUCAACGUGUACAUAUGCUGAUACUUAGUUAAUUUAAAUGUUAAAUAUGAAUUAUAAGUAAAUAAACAAUUCAUAUAAAUAAGUGUACAGUAGUCGUACAUGGCGAAUGUUAACGCGCGAGUCAUUGCGCAGAAUACAAUGUUAGGUGUGUUGUAGGCGUAGUGGAAUGCGUGCGCGCGCACAUGUCUUGAGCCUCCAAGAUAUUUGAAAAGAACUAUACUAGUAUUAAGCGUACAAUGUAUUGAUAUAUAAAUCAAAUUACAUAAGACAUUAUCAUAUAGAUAUACAAUAUGCAAUUUUUUUUUCAUAAAUCAAUUUAAGACUAUUAUAUAUAAGGGUAAUAAUUGCUACAAAUCCAAUGCAAUUAUUAGAUUUACAUCACA